AUGCCGACAACCCAAAUAUACCAGCAGUAUGGUAUGGUAUGGUUCCAAUGGGAUGGAGCACCCCCACACUAUUCCCAAAUAGGAUAUGGAAACAUUACACCCCGUACCUCUCUCGGAAAAGCCGUGACAAUGGGUUACGCCAUCUUUGGUAUCCCAUUAACCUUACUAUAUCUGUCUAGUAUAGGGUCGAUACUUAGUAAAGUAGCUCGUGGGGUAUUUUCCCGCGCCCUUUGCUGUUGUUUGUGUUCAAAUUGUGGAUAUUGUUGUUACGAUGAAAAACGUAUGGCGGAGAAAGAGCGGAGGCUUCGUCGCAAACGACAACAGAUGGAACUGCAACAACAACUCGCGUUGCAAGAACCAUUCUACGUCAGAUCGAACGUAAGUUUUGACUCAACCCCUAAUAAUCUUCAUUCUCCUUUACGUGAUGGUCCCCUGAAGGAUCCGGAGACGUCAAGCAGCAUAGAUAAUGAGUCAAAAACUUCCAUGCACGGUCUUAGUAUUCUAGCUCCAGUGUUACUUUGUUUAGCUAUGAUGUUUAUAUAUAUCUGUGUAGGCACUUUUGUUUUAUACAAAUUGGAAAACUGGAAUCUUCUAGAUGGGUUUUACUUCUGCUUCAUGUCACUGACCACCAUAGGCUUCGGUGACAUGGUCCCAGGGUCUCGAACUUAUCCCUACUACGACUCCGAACAAACCUUGUGGUUCUGUUCGUUGUACAUAAUGUCCGGAAUGGCUUUAACGGCAAUGUGUUUUAACGUCGUCCACGACGAAAUCAUUCACAGGCUCAAACACCAGACCAAGAACUCGCCAAAAGCAAGAUCGACCAGUUUUCCAGAAGAAUUAAGUUCCUCAGACCCGUAUAACUUGCCAUCAUGACAAUUCAGUCAAACCAAGUCUAACUUUUAUCAAAGAAAUAUGACUGAAGAGACUUUACUGAGCACGGGAACGCCCACAUCUGUUAUAGAAAGUAGCCACGAAUUGUCAACUGUGGGAAGUAAAAUACCUGAAGUGCUCGAGGGACCGGUCAUUACUGGCGUCUACACACUUCCAGAAGAACCCGAAAUUGAAGAUAACGAAGAUAAUACGGAAAUGUAAUUAAACAGUAACUUAUCAACUACUCAACCGGUGCUAACUUUAAUCUAGAGCUGCACAAAGGAAGACAGUAGCUACCUACUACGUUAGCCAAAAGAACUAAUUAUGUUUAGCAUUUAUUUAGGUACUUUAUCGUUUCUUUUUUCAACUUUUUACAAACCGAUCAUCGAAAUAUUAACAAAUAGGUAAAAUAUAAAUAAAUUAAUUGAUUAAUACACAGGUGCUAGUUCAAAGAAAAAAGAAUAAACUUUUUUGGAUACAUACAAUUUUGAGGAAAAUUUGUACAGGACCGUAACAUAGUGUAAGUCACUUUUUGAACUUCUUUCCUGUAAGCAUUACCCACUACCUAACCAGUUAUAAAUCGUAUGAAUUCGACGAUUCAAAUAAUGUAAAAAGUAAACUGUAAUUGCGUAUAUGUUGACUGUUUACUGAGCAAUUCCAUGCCUGAAUCAGGAAUGAACAUUAACUUACGUUAGCUGUGAACUUAAGUGUAAAAUAUUUGUAAUAUAAAAGACAAAAAUAAAG